UGUGUAGAAACUAUCAACGCAUCCGCCCAACGCGGAGUGAGCGGUUAGCUUGAUUAGCUAAUACGGGUUGGACAUUAACGCAUUCAAAAUAGUCAAUUAACAACAUUUAACUGUAAAGGAAUUUAUUUAAACAACAAAUUAUUAUAUCUGAAGUAUUCAGUUACAAAUAUUGUCGGCUAAAGCCUCUCAUUGGCACGCUGCGGUGGUUCGAGAUAGCAUUAGCAGCUAACAACACCUGAAGAAAGCGUUUAUUUUUAUAUAUCCGAAAACUUUGCAUGCUGGUAUUAUAUUUUACAACAUCUGCAGUUUUUAGUUUCGCCCUUGAGUUUGCGUGAGACCGAGAGAGCUAGCUAAUAGUAAAAAGCUUAUUAGCUGAAGUAUCUGAGCCUGGGUCAAUUCACAACACCAGGAUGUCUGAUUUUGAUGAAUUUGAGAGACAGCUGUCUGAAAACAAACAAGGUGACAGUCUAAAUGGUCAUGAGCGGGACAAAGAGAACCGGCACCGGCGGCGCAGCCCGUCACGCAGCCGCAGCCGGGAGAGGAAGAGGAGGAGCAGGGAGAGGAGAAGCAGGGAGCGUCGCAGCGACAGCAAGGACCGCCGCCACAGACGCAGUGAACAGUACCAACCCCAAGAAAAUGUCAGUCGUUCACCUCCACGUGAGAAAAAGAAGAAAAUUAAGAAGUACUGGGAUGUGCCACCUCCAGGCUUUGAGCAUAUUACACCCAUGCAGUACAAGGCCAUGCAAGCUGCUGGUCAGAUCCCUGCUACUGCUUUGCUGCCCACCAUGACGCCAGAUGGUCUAGCAGUGACGCCGACCCCGGUGCCUGUAGUGGGCAGUCAGAUGACCCGCCAGGCUCGCAGACUUUACGUUGGCAACAUCCCAUUUGGCAUCACAGAGGAAUCCAUGAUGGACUUCUUUAAUGCUCAGAUGAGGCUUGGUGGUCUGACUCAGGCUCCAGGAAACCCUAUUCUUGCUGUCCAGAUUAACCAAGACAAGAACUUUGCUUUCCUUGAGUUUCGAUCAGUGGAUGAGACCACACAAGCCAUGGCGUUUGAUGGCAUCAUCUUCCAGGGUCAGAGUUUAAAGAUUCGUCGACCACACGACUAUCAGCCUUUACCUGGCAUGAGCGAGAACCCCAGUGUAUAUGUGCCGGGUGUCGUUUCCACUGUUGUACCAGACUCUAUUCACAAGCUUUUCAUUGGAGGUUUGCCAAACUAUCUGAACGAUGACCAGGUUAAAGAGUUGUUAACCUCUUUUGGACCUCUAAAAGCCUUCAAUUUGGUGAAGGAUAGCGCAACAGGCCUCUCAAAGGGUUAUGCCUUCUGUGAAUAUGUGGAUGUUAACAUCAAUGAUCAGGCAAUUGCAGGACUGAAUGGAAUGCAGUUAGCAGAUAAGAAGCUGCUGGUUCAGAGAGCAAGUGUAGGGUCCAAGAACGCCACAAUGACAAGUAUAAACGAGACUCCAGUGACGUUGCAAGUGCCGGGAAUGAUGAACAACCCCAUGGUGCAGAUGGGUGGUAUCCCCACUGAAGUGCUAUGUCUGAUGAACAUGGUGGCUCCUGAGGAGCUGCUGGAUGAUGAGGAGUACGAGGAGAUUGUGGAAGACGUCAGAGACGAGUGCUCCAAAUACGGCCAGGUCAAGAGCAUAGAGAUCCCUCGCCCUGUGGAUGGCCUGGAGGUCCCUGGAACUGGCAAGAUCUUUGUGGAGUUCCAGUCUGUGUUUGACUCCCAGAAAGCCAUGCAGAGCUUAACUGGAAGAAAGUUCGCAAACAGGGUGGUGGUGACCAAGUAUUGCGAUCCAGAUGCCUACCACCGCCGAGACUUCUGGUAGAAGCAGAGGAAGAGAGCAAGUGAAAUUGGAUGGGAUAACAUCUGUGUGAUAGUAACUAGGCAGAGAUGAUGAAAGGGGGAACAUUUUGUACUCUUUAAAAAGAAAAAAAAAAGCCAAAAGCUGAAUGUUUUUUUUUUUUUGAGGGUUAAAUUAAAAGAUGAUUUGUGAGUAAUUAUGGGAGGGUUUUUGCUUUUGUUUGUAUUUUAAGGACAUUAGCGGGAGCUUAUUCUGUUAAAAUUGUUACUAUUUUUUAAUUGUAUACUGAAACAAAAGAUGAUGUAAAAUUGUGACUCCUGCCCAACAGAGAAGACAAAAAAAGUUGCAAAGUGAAAAAAGCCCAACUAUAAUUACAGAUAUUUCAAAUGAAAAUGACAUAAUUUGGCCUCUCGCUUAGUUUUAAUCCCUUUUCUUUUCCCAUUUGAAUCGUAACCCACAGAAAGAUUAUUUUCUGAAGUAAUUUGUCUUCUCUGGUGGCCUGCUUACCAUGUCUCCCUCCCAUUUUGUAGCUUUUUGCAGUUCAUAUGUAGUAGACUGUCCCAGAUCUUGUUUUUUGGUUUAAAGUUGUUGGUUUAGUCCACCUGUUUGGUCCCUUCCAUUCAUAAUCACCUACUAAUUAGAUGAUGAUGUUUGUCCAGUGUGGCACCUUUUGAGUUUCUGUAUGUGAUUUUCAGUAUAAUAGGCCACUUUUGAUAAUAAACUAUUGGAAGUCUGAUCAGA